GCCCCACUCCUGAAGCCAUUUUUCCACCCCUCCGUUUUUCUCUCCCGCAUGCUCUGUUCUGCCCUCUCCUCCCCGCCCGGCUGCUGGCGCCGACCUUUUGCGGGGGUGGAGGAAGAAUCGCGAGGGAGCGGCGAGGAGGAGGGUGUGGCUUCUUGAAAAUACCAGCGUCCGAUUGGGUGGUGGGCGAGAUGGGGGCUUGGCCACGUGCUUCCCCCAACCCCGGCCCUUUAUCGUUUUGACAGUCCGUGCAGAGCCGUGAAGGAAGCCGGAAGUGCCUGCUUUGAUUCUCUUGCCUCCCUCCCCCACAGCUCCUUGACGAAAUUAGGAGAUGGCAGUGAUGGAAAUUGCUUGCCAAGAAACUCCAGUCCCAACCAUCAGGCACCCAAAGGAGCUUCUGGGCAAAGCGCCCCAGGAUCUAACAAGUGAAAAGAAGAGCUGUGUGUGCAAGGUAGAGGUUCCAGACAAACAUGUGUUACAGGGACCAUGGAAGAUCCUGAGUGAUGUGAUCGCUAAAGGAACUGCCAAGGAAGACAGUGAGAAAGAGAGCUUAGCCUCAAUCUCCAUCAUUGCCCAGGCAGAAUGUGAAAUCAGCCAGGAGUUCAGCCCCACUUAUUCAGAGAGGCAUUUUAUUGCUGACACCAAGCAAUUCAGCCGGUCCAGCAGCCUCGAUCAAAUUCCCAACAAUGUGGCCCAUGCAACUGAAGGCAAAAUGGCUCCGGCCUAUUGGAAGGCCGUGCGUCAUGGCAAAUCCCGGAAGAAACGGCGAAAGAAAAGAUCCCGCAUUGUGACAUCAAAAGGAGCAGACUCCUCAACUCAGAAGCCCAGGACUCCAGAGCAGGAGAGCUGUAUUCCAAUCCCAGUACAGGAGAAUGAUUCCCAUGUUGGCAUGUCAUGGCAUUCUGCAUCGUGUAAGGAGUUGGGCUGGGAUUUCAGUUCUUUUGAGAAACCCAGCCAAGUUCUACCAGCUGGCAAAGUACACUUACUGAAGAACCAAACCAAGCUAGAAUUAUACAAGCUGAUCAGCCCUGCUCAGUGCCUGAGCCAUGUUCAAGGGUCCCCCACACAGGACAACUUUUUUCCUCAGUCAGAGACUCUACAUCCUCUUCCUUGUGGCAAAUUCCCUCCUCCUUUCUAUGGCUAUGAGGACCUGCUUCCUGUCUUGAGACCAGUCCCUCUGGGGGCAUACCUCUUUGAUGACCUUUCACGUGCAGAUGGCAAGUGUGUCCUGUCAGACCAGAGCUUGGAGCCUAACUUCUCCAAAUGUAGCCAUCAGUCUGUAAAAAACACCUCAAACAGGCUUUCUAUAGAUGAAUUUCUGGUGGAUGCAUUGAAGGGAAGUGUAAUUCUUGGAGAACCAAGACACUUAGCUUCUUUGGCCAAGACCUGGACAGGAGGUGGAAUGAAUUCGAAGGUAUGUCUUCAGGACAUGGAUGAAAAUGAAGGAGUGCUGCUUACAGAGAAACUUAAAGCAGUGGAUUAUGAGUACCAUGAAGAUGUUCACUGGGCCAGAUGUCAAGGCUUACUCGGCACAGGAUCGUUUGGGGAAGUAUACAGAAUGGAGGACAAACAGACUGGUUUUCAGUGCGCAGCCAAAAAGGUGCGUGUUGAACAUUUCCGUGCAGAGGAGUUAACAACAUGCACUGGAAUGAUGCAUGCCAAAGUCCUCCCAUUAUAUGGCGCAGUAAAGGAAGGCCUGUGGAUUACUGUCUUUAUGAAGGUGAUGGAAGGUGGAUCCCUUGGUCAGCUGCUCAAGCGUUGUGGCAGCUUACCAGAGGACAGAGCUCUUGAUUAUCUGGGCCAAGCAUUGGAGGGUUUGGAGUACCUUCAUGCCCACUGUGUUCUCCAUGGAGAUGUAAAAGCUGACAACAUCCUCUUAUCUGGUGACAGACGCCAUGCUGUCCUCUGCGAUUUUGGUCAUGCAGCUCACCUUCAUCCAGAUGGCGUGGGGAAGUACUUAGUGACAGCGGAUUAUGUCCCUGGCACAGAGACCCACCUGGCCCCUGAAGUGGUGAUUGGAAAACGCUGUGACUCCAAGGCAGACAUUUGGAGCAGCUGCUGUAUGAUGCUACAUCUGCUGAAUGGUUGUCACCCUUGGACCCGAUAUUACAAUCAUCCACUGUGCCUCAAGAUAGCCAAAGAACCGCCUCCACUGAGGGAAAUUCCACCUUCCUGUCACCCAUUCACUGCCCAAGUCAUUAAGGCAGGCCUCGAGAAGGAGCCAACAAAGCGGUCCUCUGCAGCAGAGCUGAGAAUGAAGGCCUCCACGGCACUUGAACAGGUGGGAGGCCUGAAGAGCCCCUUGAAAGGCGUAUGCAGAGAAUCCAGGUGCCUACAGAUCUCACAAGAUACUAGUCUUUCUGAGCCACCUUUGCCAAUACUUGAAACUCCUGCUAGCCUAAAGAUACUGGCCAGAAGUUCCAGCCAGCUACUCCUCAGUCAGGGUCUGACCGAAAAAAAGCAAUCAAGCCACCCCAGCAUGUGUGAGCAGUUAUUGUGGCCGUGUGAUUCUCUUCAGCCUUCCAUCCCAGCUCCACUCAGUACCAAGAAGGGCAGUUCAACAGAAUGGAGAACUACCACCUUUGAACAUGAUCUUCAGCCGGUGGAGUUGGAGCUGAUUCUGAACAGCCUCUCUCAACCCUUCUCUCUGGAGGAACAGGAACAAAUGCUUUCAUUCUUCAGCUUGGAUAGCUGCCUCCCAUCAGAGGUCGAUGAGAAGGGCUCGUUGAAAACAUUUCACAGUCUGAAGGAUACCAUGAGUUCUGGAGUACAUUCAUGGAGCAGCCAAACAGACGGGCAGAGCAAUAGCUGGAACAGCUGGCUGCAUCGCAGCAGACAAACUGAUAUGCCUACUUACUUUGAUGGGGUGAAAAUUGAGAUCCAUUUACUUAGCGGGGAGAGUCUCUACAUCCGAGAAUUCCGUGGGGCCAAGGUGGGAGAUGUUGCCAUCGGAAUCAGCAGCCAGAUACCAGCCUCUGCUUUCAGCUUCUUUACCAAAGAAGGCCAGUCUGUGUGUUGUGACAUGGAGGUCCCUGAUCCAGGCAUUGAGCUUCAGUGCAUUCUUGCCCCUGACUGCAGUUGUGGCUGGAGAUGGAGGGUCAAACAUGGUCGUCUAGAAAAGAGGCAAUAAGGAUCACUGCCUUUUCUCACCCAUGCUUUAUUACAGUAUUUCUUUAAAGUCAGAAAUGGUAACUCCAGAUCAGUGAUCAAUAUUGUUGGUGGGGAUUAACUACUGAAUGAAAAUUAGUUCCUCUGCUGCUUUGCUGGUCCAGCCCUC